GCUUACCUGAAGCCCUUGUUUCAGGCGACGAAGGAGUGUUUUGAGAUCAGUGAGCGUGUGGAAGCACUGGAUAAUAAACUGGACGCCGCGAAUGAGAUUCUCUCCAUGCUGGCUGAGGAGUUCUCCCAGCGUCAUGGGGCCCGACUUGAGUGGAUCGUUAUUUGGCUUGUACUUGCAGAGGUUCUCAUUGGUAUUCUGGAGUUGCUGAUUGACCUAAAGCCAUGGUUCUAUCGAAGGCUGUAG